CCGGCGGCGCCGCUGUGCGGGGCGGGUGGACCCGCUUGCGGGCGGCGCGGGAGGGCGGCGGAGGGAGUCAGGCAGCCCGAGCGUGUGUGCCGCCCGCGGACCGGUCACGUACCCGCGCGGGCGCCGGCGCCCGCGUCGUGCGAACGAGGGUGCAGCGGCCCCAAGCUUGCUGCCCCGUCCCGCCCCGCCCCGCCGGGUGCAGCUCAACAGACGCACGAAGCCGCGCCCGAGAGGUGAAGGGCCGGAUGCAAGGCAGGGAGCCGGAGCAGUCUGAGGCAGGGGGGCCACAGGGAGCUCUGGGCCCUCCAGCCUUGCUUAGCAGCAUCGCCACAGCAACCAGCGACUAGACGGCAGCAGCCUAGGCAGACGCAAGCGGACGGCUUCCCACCGUGGCCAAGUACAGGGAAUGACUACAGCAAAUCAGGCCACACUGCUGACAAGGGAGGUGGAGUGUCACUAGAGGGGAGGGUGUGGUCUCCGCCCCACUGUACUGAGCGCCAUGCCCACAGGAGAAGAGGUGCUGGGGCAAGGAUUGCAGUGUGAUACAGCCUUGCCCCAAAGCCAGCACUGAGCACUUCCAGGCCAUCUGGCUCUUGCGUGUCGGUUGUACCAACCCACAUUUCAGUAUCCCUCACUGUGACUGUCCUGCUUGGUGGCAAGGGGGAAGAGACACCCAUCCUGUGUUCUGCAUUGGGGCCUGCUGCUGCCGGACCAUGGGAUGUCGGCAAAGCUCAGAGGAGAAAGAGGCAGCUCGGCGGUCCCGGAGAAUCGACCGCCACCUGCGCUCAGAGAGCCAGCGGCAACGCCGCGAGAUCAAACUUCUCCUGCUGGGCACCAGCAACUCAGGCAAGAGCACCAUCGUAAAGCAGAUGAAGAUUAUCCACAGUGGUGGUUUCAACCUGGAGGCCUGCAAGGAGUACAAGCCCCUCAUCAUCUAUAAUGCCAUCGACUCACUGACCCGUAUCAUUCGGGCCCUGGCUGCCCUUAAGAUCGACUUCCACAACCCUGACCGUGCCUAUGAUGCGGUGCAGCUCUUCGCACUGACAGGCCCAGCAGAGAGCAAGGGUGAGAUCACACCAGAGCUGCUAGGCGUCAUGCGACGGCUGUGGGCUGACCCUGGGGCUCAGGCCUGCUUUGGCCGCUCUAGUGAGUACCACCUGGAGGACAAUGCAGCCUACUACCUGAAUGACCUGGAGCGUAUCGCUGCACCCGACUACAUCCCCACUGUGGAGGACAUCCUGCGCUCCCGGGACAUGACCACAGGCAUCGUAGAAAACAAGUUCACCUUCAAGGAGCUUACCUUCAAGAUGGUGGAUGUGGGCGGGCAGAGGUCAGAGCGCAAAAAAUGGAUCCACUGCUUUGAAGGCGUCACAGCCAUCAUCUUCUGUGUGGAGUUAAGUGGCUAUGACCUGAAGCUCUAUGAGGAUAACCAGACGAGCCGAAUGGCAGAAAGCCUACGCCUUUUUGACUCCAUCUGCAACAACAACUGGUUUAUCAACACCUCACUCAUCCUCUUCCUGAACAAGAAGGACCUGCUGGCAGAGAAGAUCCGGCGCAUUCCGCUCACUGUCUGCUUCCCAGAGUACAAGGGUCAAAACACGUAUGAGGAAGCCGCAGUCUAUAUCCAGCGGCAGUUCGAGGACCUAAACCGCAACAAGGAGACCAAGGAGAUCUACUCCCACUUUACCUGCGCCACCGACACCAGUAACAUCCAAUUUGUUUUUGAUGCGGUGACAGAUGUCAUUAUACAGAACAAUCUCAAGUACAUUGGUCUUUGCUGAGGAGCCAGGCAUGGCCCAUUUGCCUGUGGUGAAACCCACGGGGUAUCAUACCCCAGCUCAUGCUAGAGAGGCCCAACCCAGGAGCAGAAAACGGGGCUUGAAGAAUAUGUCCCCACCCCUCAGCCUCUGCCUUCUUGGCCCCAUGUUUCUGCAAACAUAAAUAUAUAUGGAUAGAUUGCUAGGUAUGUAGACAUGCACACACACAUGCACACGCACAUCUGGAGAUGGCAAAGUUCUCCAAAGUGUCAAGUCUCUUAAAGACUUGAGAAGCUGCUGUCACAAGUUCACUCCAAGGCCAUCCUGCCCCUUUACUCUGCCUUCCUGAGUUGGCCCCACUGUGCAUGGGGGUCCACAUUGGACUGCUGGGGAGAGGCUGCAGGACUCGGCCCAGGUCCGGCCAGCUGUGCUCAUUGCCUGGAAGGAGGCCAGCUCACCACCUAAGCUCUGGACUGGGGACCUUGCCACUGACCAAGAGUGAGGCUCAGAGCAGGGACUGCACCUUCUCUGCUGGCCACACCAAACUCAGCCACUCUGCACCACAUUCAUCCUGGACACAGACAGGACGUGAAGAGCCAAGUGAUGGUACUAACCAGACCUCCAGCCAUUUAGGGCUCUUAUUUUUAAACAGCUUCAAAGUAUGCAGCAGAAAUUAACACAAGAAAAUGAGUGGCACGAUUUAUUUCAAACUAGGCCAGCUGGGUUUCUAGCUUUUCUUCUACUGGUCUGAUGUUUUAUAAAUGGAAACCUGGUUUUUCUUCUCUAGCAUCUUUUUUUUUUAGUUAUUAUUAUUAUUUUACUUUUUUUUGGCCAAAUUUAGUGUUUCGCAGAAAAAGAAAACUACAGACAAUUUCAGAUGUGAUUGAAUAUUCUUUUUUAAAUGCAGAUUUUCAAAACAUUUUUCAUUUCAGGUGGUCCUUUUUGUGUCUGGCUUGCUGAGUGUAAAAGUUGUUACCUGAUGAUUCUGUUCCUCUGCUCCAAAGAAUUCUGGGGCAAAUGGCACUCCUGCGCCAGCCUCGUGGGAUACAUGUACAUAAGCCUCUGCCACGUCCUCUUGUUAUUGGUGCGGUUUUCUGCUUUGUUUUUAUUUAAGAAAAAUAAAUGUGAUGUAUUUAAAGAAGGUUCUUCACCUAGGAGCAAAUGAACAAUAGCUAAACGUCUUGGUAUUUAAAGUGUACAUUAUCUGUGGCUUUGCCAAAUGAAGGAAGGGGAGGCAAGAGAUGGAGCUCCCCAGUCCCCACAUACUCCAAAGCCUGAGAUGGGUUGGCUGCUGCUCCGACUCCUGUGAAGGCACAGCCAGAGUUGUGGCCUGAGGGAGGCCCUGCUGGGACUGUGCACCCUGGGCCUUCCUGCUCCAGGGUCCACAGGCAUUAGCCUUGAAAGGACCUUGACUGUGUAUGACCAGGAAUUCGUGCUGCUGGGAAGGAGGCACCACUAAAGCCCUUGCCAAAUCUCCUCUUUCAGACCUUUGUUUGGUACCCAUGUGUCCAAGGUCAGUGUGCAGAAUCACAGCCAAGGAGUUGGAAAGAUGUACAGAGGAAGAGAGAGGAGCUGCUAAGCAUAUGAAAGUCAAAGAGUGUCUACUUUAAGAAAAUAAAAUACCCUGAAUGGAGCCAUAC